AUGAAAAAUUUAUUAGAUUUACAGGUAAAUAUUAGAAAAAAAUUUCAAGCAAAAAAAUAGACAAAUUUUAUGUCUUUUUUUAUGGAAAAAAAAGUUUGAGAAAAAUUUCGUAAAAUCAAAAGUUUGUCAUUCUAAUGUUGAUGCCUAUUGUUCAGCUUUCACACCACUUUAGUUGCUUUCAGAAACAUUAUUUUCUGGAAACUAAUUCGAUUAAAAUCGCUAUAAAAACCCAUGACACCAGGAAAAUAUUCAUUUUUCCACGAAAAUUCCACUUUUUCUACCAUUUUCUUCAUUUUUAGAUGCACCAAGAGGACAUUCACGUCGUCAGCACUGGACCCACUGUGAAAUCCAAAACGGUGGAUGGAUCGACAAUGCCGGUACUUUCGAAAAAAAGAGAAAAUAUUUGAUUCUUUUCCAGGUGACUACCGUUAACGUCGAAGUUGAUGUCCCAGUUGAGAACGGCAUCACUCGGAUCAAACUGCAAGAAGUGCCGAUGUAAAAAUUAUUUUUGUUAAAAAUUAUAUGUUUAUUAUUCAGGUUCCUGGUCUAUGCAUUCAAUCGGAUCUACAAACGCGGACUGGACGUCGAAGGCAUUUUCCGGAAAGAAGGAAACAGCAUCCGGCUCAACCGAAAUGAUGUAUGUGAAGUUCGAGGGACCAGAAAAAUGAAAAAAAUUAGAACCUUUGCAAUUUAGAAUUUUCGAAGUUAUACUACCUUUACCUUAGAGGAAUCAGAUGAAGAUUCGGGAAAAAUCCAAAAUUUUCAAAAAAAAAAGCUGAAAAUCGGCCUGUUUUUUAUCGGUUUUUGAAAGAAAUGUUAGGAAAUUUCAAAAAAAUCGAACUUUUGGAAAAAUUUUUGCUGUCAGGUGUUGAAAAAACGAAAUUAUCGAUUUUUCGCAGUGCUGUUAGAUUUUGUCUUUCUACUACUCUUUUCGAACUUAAUUUUGAUUUUUUUGAUAAAAUGCCUUUUUGCGAAUUUAAUGCGGUUUUUUUUUUGAUAAGAUGUCUAAAAAUUCGAAUUUCCCGCGAUCUUUGAGCUCCAUGUCUCAUUUCUCUGCGCCCUCUCUUCUCUCGCCGACACUCUCUUGUUUACGCCUUCUUCGCUGACCUCGGCGGCGAGGGAAAAGUGACGCAGAGAGGUCAGACGAUGUUCGAAUCGUUGCGAGAGACCCAUAGGCAAGAAUGUAUCGUGUUUACUCUAUUAGGAGGUUAAGGACAAUAUUUUCGGAGUAGUAUAGUCUGUUCUACUUUUGAAUGUCAAGUCAUCGCUCAAACUCCGCCCCUUAUGUGUAGAUUAAAGCAAUCGGAGAGCGAGACAUCCACCGAGCGUUGUUGGGGACGGAGCUAGAAAUCGACUAUAGAGUGUUUUCACAUCAUACAGAACCAAGCUUUGUUUAUUAAGGGCCUAAAAUUUUGAUUUUAGUUUUUGGUGUACAGAAGUAACAUGGACUGCUGAUAUUCAUAAAAAUGUAGUCACCGAUUUUUUUUUUCAAGCUCCGCGAGAUCUACAAAGGCCUUGCGGACAUACCCAACGAGUUCACCGUCCUCGACACUUGCGUCCUUGUCAAACGGUUUCUGCGAGAUCUUAAGGUUUUUCGGAUCUUUCCCAGGAGAGCUUCAAGAUUUUAUUCAGCCGCCGUUGAUAAGCUCUCCGGAUUUUCGCAUGAAAAUAAUGGAGAAGGCCAGAAUAGCCGGGAUAACCGGAAAUUUCCAGGUAAGAUAGUCGAGUUCAUUCGUGAAGUAAUCAUCAUAGAACUGGUCCAAACUUUUGGGAUAAAUUCGAAAAAAAAAGUUUGAUCCGAACGCACCACAGGGUACGGUAGAAAGUGUAGAGAAAAACCUCGAAAAUUUUUUUAUAACAAGUUUUUUCGUGUUGCUUGUCGUUUAGAGCAGCUUUAUCUGUACCAUAAAGGCAGUUUUCAAGGAUUUCCUGUACAUUUUUUUCGAUCAUACCUAGGACCACCUCCCACAGGUUUUUAGGACCACCCCUGAGAUUUUCCCCUCAGAAACUUUCCUAUAAAGAUUUUCCUGAUCGAAUUUUUCAGAUGACCCGCGAAGAAAUGGCACAACUCGUUUUUCAUUGUACCCCGAAACUAACGACUACGAGUCUAGGAACAAUGGGUUUCGUUUUGAGAAGACUUGCCACGGUAUGAAAAGAAACAAAAAUUGAAGAAAAUUGGAAAAUAUUAAAUUUUUAUGAUAAAAUUAUUGUUAUUCGAGUUAUUUAUAAGCCUCUAAUAUGUAAAAAAAGACUGUUACAAGUUUAUUAGGGAAGUUAUGUACAUGUGUAAAUUGAAAUUUCAGUUGAAGGUCAUUAAGAAAUGAAUUAAUGGUAGUGUAGACCAAAAAAUCAGAAGUGACCAUUGAAAUCGAGCCAUUUUUGAUGUCAAAAAAAUGUUUGAAUCUCUCAAAUUUACUCAAUGUUUAGCUUAUCCUCUCAAGGCUCUUUUAAGAGAUUUUUGGGGGAUACGAAUCUUAUUUUGCAUCUUUCUUAUAGAAGUUUCAAACGAAAAAAAUCAUAAGAUGUUUGAAAAAAAGUGGGAAAAGUUACUCUAACGCCAUUUUUUUCGGAAAAAGUAGGCGUAAAUACUCAAAAUAUAGUUUUAAAAAAAUUUGCUUUUAACUUCUUUUUGCUGGCUCGAAAAAUUAUAAUUCGGAGAGCUAUAGAAAAAAAGAAAAAAAUAAAAUUUAUAGGCUAAAUUAAUCAUUUUAAGAUUAAGAUUUAGUUUGUUAAUAAAUAGCAGCUUCUAGUUUUUUUCUUUGCUGGCACGAAAAUUCUAACUUUGAGAGCUAUAAAAAAGAGGAAAAAAAAAAUUUUCCGAAAAUGUUUGACAAAAAAACCUUCAUUUUGAAACAAAUAUUCAGAUUUUCAAAAAUUCCAGAUUGCCACCUAUGCGGACAAGCAUAAAAUGACCAUCGACAAUUUGGCGACGGUCCUCGUGAACUGUAUCUGGGGAGAAGAAGGCAAGGGAUCGCUUCACAAAAAACGUUCCACAAAAGACAGAAGAGGAUCUAGCAACACUACGGUUUGGAUCUUCCUUCUGGAAGAAAAAUCAUGAGCAAGAUUCCAGGAAGAACUGAAGGUCCACAAGGAGGAGCUCAAGAUUCAUUCAGACGUCGUCAAGCUUCUGAUCACUAAUGUAAAUUUUUUCGCGAGUCGAUUUUUCAUGUGUAAAUCCAGAACUGAUUUAUUUUUCAUUUGGAAAUCAAGAACUGACUCAUUAUUUAAUUCCAGGCCAAUCUCUUCGGCUUGCCGGCAACUUUCUACGUCGCCAGCGUCAAUCCACACUCGGCGAUGAGAAGUACGAGUGCCAUGCCUUCUUUGAGGUUUUUUUUUAUUGAAACUGGAAAAAAAAGGGGCACCCCGGGGUGAGAUCCAGCCGACGUAUGGGUCAUAUCUUCAGAAUUUAUAAGUUUCAGAAAGUUUCGAAACCUUGAGUGUGUAAAAACCUGGAAAAAAAUUCCAGAUUAUCCCCGGUUAAGGCUAACUUCGAUUGGUGGGGGCUGAAUCAAAAGGGGGGCUAUAUUUUAUUCUAAAAAUCGCCUCGCAAUGUCUAGAAUGAACCGUCCUACCCAAAUUUCGAAUAAGCAUUGUCUGCCUUGUCCUGACAACCUUGACGAAUAUAAAACCUGGAAAAAAAUUCCAGAUUACCCCCCCUCUCCCCGUUUGCAAAUUUCGAUUGAUGGGGGGCGUGUUCUUCUAAAAAUCGCCUCGCACAGCGCUAAAUGGGGGACGAUUCCAGAAUGAAUCCACCCAAAAUAAUCAUUGCAAGCCUUGUCUCCGAAUUAGCCCCCCUCAAAAAGAAACCAGACCGCCAGAAGGAAAUUUUUAAAAGUUACUUGAAAAUAACCAGCUCCUGUCAAGUAUGAAGUGAUACUUUUCAGAACUCCGCUCGAAACUCCUGGCGGCUCAACUUCGAACGGAAACGGAUCUUCCUUGGUUCGACGGGAAAGCGAAGCUAUCACCUCGACGAUUUCCGCCAAGAAGACGAUCAAUAUCAUGAAAAAGGUCCGUAUCUCAAGAAUGUUCGCAAAAUACAAAGUUUCCUCCAUUUUUAGCGUUCUUCGUCUCACUUCCCUACGCUUCGUGAUUUCCGAGUUCGAGUUAGCUCCAAGUUCUUCGUGAGGAACCGCAGCCCCAGCCCGGUCAGAAUCGUGGGCUUUUUUUUUUCUAAAAUACUAUUUCGAGAGUUAAAGGAAAAUUGAGGAAUGUGAGAAGCUCAAGAAUAAUUUUGACAAGAAACAGAAGAAAAUUGGUUUUUUUUCAAAUUUUUAAGAAGGAAGCAAUGAAUUGGAAGGAAAAGAUUGCUUCAUUUCUUAGAGUGAGUAAAAUUUUGAGGAAAACUUGUCUCUCUAUGAAGUUGAUUGAGAACUUGAACAAAUGCGCUCCAUGGAUAAUGCUUGCUGAAGUUGUUCAUACUCGGCCUUUGGGGCAUUUUUAGUGACCACUUUGGUCAGCACUCUUAAGUGAUCCCUAGAAUGGCUGAGAAACGUCCGGAGCAUGUUCGGUUUUCAUUACCGAUGUCCAAGUAAUUUCUUAAUGUUUUUUUCAGAGAUGCAUGCAGGUUAGUGUUUGGUGUGUUAAAAAGGAUGAUUUUAUUGCAUGUUUCGUAUUGUGAUUUGAUUUUUUUUAUUUGACAAUUUGGUUUAUUUUUUACUCUUUUAUUCCUAUUUCUGCUCUGCCAAUAUGGGAAAAUGGACCCUGUCUCGAAAAGAUGCGAAAAUGAUCCAAAAAAAGUUAUUUUUUCAGAGAGACAUUUGAGACAAGCUCUGUUUUUCAAUUGAACGCGUUUUAUAAAAAAGACGAAUUUUCGAGUAACUUGCUGUGAUUUCAGAAGCAAUUUGCAUGAAUUGUCUUUUGAAAAUGUAAAAAGUGUAUUUAGUUGUAGUUUUCACAAGAAAAAAAUUUUUGUGUCCCAGUUAGGGUAAUUUCAUUCUACAAGAUUUUUUUCCUCUCUUAUUCAUUUCAUUUGCAUGUUAUGGGUUGUAUAGUUAUCCAUACACCUUCGUUCUUAGAAAUUUUCAAGCAUUUUUCAACUUUUUACCCUCCUCUUCAAUAUAUCAAUCUCUCGUAUGAACCUUGUUUCCAGCACGUUAAGAGGUAUUGUUGGUUAGUUUUUUAGCGGAUCAGUCAGAAUCCUAAUUUUUUAGAUUUCUAUGAAGGUUUUCUUGAAUGGUAAGAAUGUUUUUGUAGAAAGCUUUUUUCCAGAAUGCAUUAUAUUCCACUUGGUUGCCCCACUGACAACCUGGUUGUUUUGCUCAUUCGAAUUGCGAAUUUUUUACAGGAUUUUGAAGAAACUUUUGAAGAUUUUUCUUCAAUUGGAGAACAAAACCGCCUGGAGGAAGAUGGAAAAACAGACGCGGAGGACGGAUCCAGGGAAAAGAGCUCGACCAGAGCACAAAGCUCUUUUUCACAGAUCUUUUCCUUUUUUUAUUUGUCCCACGUCCGCACGUCCUGAAUUGUGUGUUUGUUCCAUAUCAAUAGUUCUUCAGCAUGUUAAUUAAGCGCGCGUCGCAAGUAUAUAUUGGGCAUUUCCAAUCAUUUGAGAUCAUUUGUGGACGUUCUGAAGGCGUAAGGUUGUGUAGUUUACGAAAAUACCUAACUAUGCGAAAGAUCUUGAAUAAACAUCGGUCUUUGAUGGAAAGCCAGCGAAAACACCAAAAAAAAAAAUCACGUUUAGCUUCUGAGCCGCUACAUAGUCUUUUCAGAUUUUGAGUGUCAAGUCGUUGCUCAAACUCAUGAUAUUCUGCAAGAACUGUAUUCCUAUCGAUGUCCAGAAGCAAAUGAAAGAAAUUGAUUUCGCAGAUGAAAAAUUAAAAAAAAAAUCAGCUUCUUGGAAGAGCGUCCCAUACUCGGCUUUCCGCUCGGUUUUCAGUAAAGACCGAGGUUCAUUCCAGAUGUUCCGUAGAGCUAGGUCUUUUCGUAUACUCAACAACCGUACGACGAUAGAAUAUUCUUAACUUGUUUCAAAUGACUGAAAAUGCGCGAUUCGAAAGUUUCCUGUACAUCCGACGCGCACUUUAGGUAAAUUAAUAACGUCCUUAUUGUCCUGUGUCAUUUUAGAAAUUUGUCGUCCCUUUUUAACGGGUUCACCCCUUAUUCGUGUUUCUGUGUUUGUCUGUGUCUAAAUGUGCAUAUUACUAAUAUAAAUGUAUAUUUAGCAUGUGGAAGAAAUCACGCAAAAAAAAAAAUGACACGCAAAGCAAACAGGAAAAAGUCAUGAAAUCAUUGCAAAGCACUAAAUAAUAACUAUUGUGUGAUUAUUGUCCGAAUUUAGUCUUUGAGUUUUUUCUUAGGCCCUUUGAUCAAACUAUGAAAGGUUCAUGAAUUAGUUUAGACUCCUCAAAAGCGUUUCGUGAGAACAUUGUCAAUUUUGUUCAUCAAAAGUCAGAUUUAAAGAUCAUUCUUCUUCCUUUUUUAAGGCUAGGUAAACUAAAGAAUUUUAAUAGCUCAAUAUAAGUCUAAGUUGGGCUCUUAGGCGCCUUUGAUCACUCUAGGAAGACUUUCAAACAGAUUAUAAACAUGAAACGAAUAUUUGAAAGUGAAUAUAUGUGCAUCUGUAUUUAUCUGGUACAUCACUGAGCACUACGGCCAGGUUUCAGAAAGCUCUCAACCGCAAAGUUAAAAGCUUUCUUGUCAUAAAUUGGAUCUUUUACGAUCAGAGCUGUGUGCUGGGGGGUAACGUCGGUCCACAAUCAGUCGCAAUCGGGACCUUUUUUUUUCUUUUUUCAUAGUGACAUCACAUACUUCUUCUAAAUAGCCCAUUUUCGAUUAACCUCCUCCCCCCUUUACACUCAAAAAUUUCGAAGCAGUGAGGGUUUGAAAAAGUGGCAAAAUUUCGACCCCUUCGCGACAGGGCCGGCCCAGCCCACAGCUCUGAUUGCGAUUGAAACAAAAGUUUGUCUCGGAGUCAGAUAGUUCUAAAGUACACCUUAACCAAGCUGCAUAAUAACGCCAACCAAAUCUAAAAACAUUUAUCUUGUUCAAUAGGUCAUAGGGAAAAGUCUCAGCACAAAAUUUUUAUAAAAAAAUAGAGUUACGAGACCCUUUUUUAUAAGUUAUUAAAGUCUUGGAUUCUCAAAAAAAAUGAAAAACACAGUAUUGCAGCGCUUUGGAAGAGAAAUUAGUAGAAGCUGAGAUUUUCGAUUAAAAAAAUGACUUGAUAAUCCUUCAAAAACAGAAGAAAAUUGCAAAGGAUCGCAAUAAAAUAAAGAGAAAAGUAAGGAAAAAACCAGCAUAUUAUGAAGAAACGGAACAAAUGUGGUAUUUUCGGAAAAAACUAACGAAAAAAGCAUCCUGAAAGACUCAAUCUGUACAACUUUUUAAAAAAGACCUUCGAAAUCAUCAAAAUCCGUCAAAAUAGGAGAAAUUGCUAAAAUUCUGAUCGCCUGUUUCUCGAAAUUCUGAAAUUUGCCCAGUAUGAGAGUAUCAGGGUUCAUCUGCCUAGUUUUCAAGAAAAUCGCGAUCGCAUAGUGAAAAAUUACAACUGUGUUUUUUUGAAUAUGCUUCCGAAGAACCGAUUCGAACCUUUUUUACGAAUUUUGUCAAACUAGUGAGAAUGUUCUCCAAUUGAUUUUGGAAAUGUUUCAAGUCAUAAUUUCCCAUUUUUCAGCAGGUGCAACGAAGGCCGUUGUUGGAUUUGUCGACGCCGCAAGGAUCUGGUGAUGAAGUCGUGCCGCCGCCGACGAACGAGCCUCCUGAUGACGACGUCACGUCGCCGCAGUCGCCGACGCAGCGACCGACCCGACGAAAGAAGACGCCGUCGCGAACGGAGGUGCGACUGAACCGAACAGACUCUUCCACGUAGAUUGAUCUUUAGUCGAAGAGCGAGUCAGUCGGAUCGACGACGUCGGUCGGCCAUCAGCCGCGGAGUCAGCAGUCGCGACGACCAAACACGAACGCCGUCCGAAGACCGACGCCCAGCGACGACGCCGCCGUCCCGACGACGUCGACGUCUACGGAGACUUUGAAGGUUUAGAACAGCUAGGAAAUCAUUGAAUUGUACAUGUAAGACGAUCUCUAGUUAGACGCCCCUGUCUCAGUUCGUUAUAGACGUUUUUCAUGAACCAAAAAAAAAAAACAGAAUUUUUGACGAUUGUUACGGUUUCUGAAACAGAAGGUCCUCAAAAUAAGAGAAAAUUUAUGAAGUCAGCUAAUAGCUCAAAAAGAAGGUUUUUAGUCUAACGUCCCUGUCACAAUUAACUAUAUCAAGAAAAAAAUGGAUAAAAUAGAAAAAUUUUUCGAUGAUUUCAACGUCUUCUGAGGCUUCGAAGGUUCAGAAUAACUAGGAAAGUGUUGAAAAGAUUCAAAAAUUUUUUUGAAAGUUUGCAAUCUUUUGGUGUAGUUCAAUAGGUGAUAAAAAAAGCCUGAAAACUGAUAAAGUUCUGCUGUUUUUUUAAACCGGAAAGAAAAAUAUCUAGAAUGAAUUUACAGUCAUCUUCAUGGUCACAGGUUACAUCCAAAAAUUGUUUUGAAAAAAUAGAAGAAUUUUUUGAAUUUUUUGCUUUGAAAGAAAGGUUAUCUGAAAAAAAAAAAUAAUUUCCUGCGAAUAACUCUGAAAUGUAUUUUUCUCAAGCCGGACCGCGAGACGACGAGAGAGGCCAACAAACGGACGAACAUGCCCCUGCGACGGUUGUCGCAGAGCGAACAGAACAGCGAAGUGGCCCGAAUGCUGAAACGACGCGAAUCCGACGAGCGGAAGGUCGUCGGCGACAGCGAUCUUUACAUCUAUGUUCGUUGAGAUUCAGUGAAACAAGAGGAAAAAAAUUGGGAAUAUGGGGGCAUUUUUUUUAGCCUCUGGCUGAACUUUUGACUCGCGAAGUUGGCGAAAACCAUAAAAAAAUUUUUUUUUCAGUAGCGAUUUUUUUCUCCUAGUUAAAAAAAUAAUCGGAUAAAUAGGAAUUUCACAUCUUCCGGCGUCAACCUGUAGUUCGAUAAAUCAACAAAGAAAGUAUUUUUUUCUUCGAGCCUGGGGGAACUUGUUUAUCGCCAGUCAUACUCAUCCAAUGUAUGGUGAUCCCAUAAAAAAGGGAAGUCUGUCGCUAUGAAUUUUUUCAUGAAGUUAUGAAUCUUUAAGGGCGGUGAAAGCUUGGAAAUUUUCGCUUUAGGUUUUUAACUAAGGUAUUUUUAAAACUCUAGGAAAGUUGAGCUGAAUUUUUUUUUAUCGAUUUUGCUCCCAUUUUGGGACCUGACUAACUUGAAGCAUAUCCAUGGCAAGAGUCCCUGAAAAAAACAGGCUGGUUCUGACUUUUUUAAAAAAGUUCUGACUGAAUUGAGGCACGUUAAGAAUAAGGCCCCCAAAGCUUUUCCACCUUCUCCAAAGCCCUCACAUUUUUCAGAACGACAAUCCAAACUCCUUACUCGGCGAAGAACAUUUCUCGUUGUCCAACAAAAUGCGCGCUUCCCGUUUGAGACGACACACGGCGCCGAUCAAAAAAAUAAUAUGUCCAUAAAGUAAGUUUUUCAAUAGAAGUUUUGUGGUAAAUGUUUAAAAAAAAACUGGAGAAUGAAAAUGUAAAAAAAUUUUCAGUUUUUUUGGAAGCUUCUAGAAAUUCGGUUUUUUUAAAAUUUUUUUUGAAAUCUAGCGAACCAACUUUGGUUAUCAAAAAAAUUUCAGAACCUUAUUUUUUUCAUUAAAAAAAUUUUACUUUUUUUGUAAUAAAAAUCGUUUUUCGAUUUUCAUCGGGAAAUCAGUGAUCUUCGAGCCUAGAAUUUUUUUUAAACCUUUUUUUAACUUGAAUUUUUUUUGUGUAGUAUUUACAAACCAUCAAUCAAUAUUCAUUUUUGUUCUAGUCAUAGACUUAAUCAAUAAUUAAUUUCUUUGAAUAAUUCGUCGUUUCAGACGCCACCAACCGAAUACGACCAAAACAGGACUUCCGCAACGUCGUGUCACUAUGACGGCGGCCGGCGAUGAAAAGGAGGUUUUUUCCCCUAAUUUUCAGGAAUAUUCAUCUCAUUUCACUGUUUCAGAACUUGCGGCUGAACAGCGUUUAUUGCGACGAUGCGAUGGACUUUGAAGAAUCUGGAGCUCGAGACGAUUCUGAACUGAACGACUCGACGAACAUCCUCGAGAAGGUCGGAAGGGGUCUGGGAAAGAAGAAGAUGAUCAGAAACUCGGAAGAAAGGCUUUGAAUUCGUAAAUCUCUUUAAUGCUGAGGAAAUUGAGGGGAUAAAAUACAGAAAGCCCCACAAAGGUCAAAAAAUUGUUAUAAACAUUUCUUCAAUGAUUUUCUAGAUUUUCACUUACUGAGCAUACAUGGUAUAGUCUCGGUGGACCUGAAAAAAAGGGGGGGGCUUGGAAAAAAACGAGAAAAAUGGAGGGGGGGCUAAGUAUUGCAGAAGUUGAUAGUGAUACUUUUGAAGAACUUUUUUUCUAAACGAUUCCUACUUCUUUCAGAAACUAAUCGAGUCGAGAACAAGGAGAGCAAAAGCGAGACGAGACAAGAGCUGCACGCCGAGUCUGAAGGUCCUGACGGGCUCGGCGGCCGAGAUCGAGGACGCCGAGCGGAAAAAGGCCGAGAAGUCGAAGACACCCUCCCCGCAGCCGCCGCCCGUGCCCCCACAUCAGCCGUCGCUCAUCUACCUGCACCCGACCGUCUCCACGGACGAGUCCCAGGUCGCGGUCAAGGUCAAGGUUCCCCGGACCGAGCCCAAAGACGACGUCAAACGGGUCAGGACGUCGCCCAAGACGCCGACUGAACAGGUUCAGUGAUCAGCUUCAAUCACUAUUCACAAGUGAAGUCCAAAAGGACAAGUUCUAGAAGUUUUCUGAAUCCCAGAUCUACAAAUAAUCUCUUUAUGGACUGGAAGGGGAGGUCUUUCUGUGGCUGGUUUUCGGAAAAUGGCUAUAACACUCCUUGAUGUACCAGUUGUAGAUUCUGAGAGUCUCUAACUGCACCACUUUCUAGUUUUCAAGAAAUGAGGUACUCAAGCCUUAAAAUAGCCUAUUUCAAUGGAUUUCUAGGUUUGUCUUUGGCUUUAAGGCAUCUAUUCUCAAAAAGGAGGGAGUUUUGCAGGUUGAGACUUUCAGAAUCUUGUUCUGGUAAAAUCACCUUCCUUGUGAGGAUAUACUCUAUCAGCGUUUCUUGUAGAGUUUUCCAAACUCCCUACAAUUUCAGAAGGGCAACUCGCUCUACGAACACGGUCAUGCGUGGGUCGGCAACAAGCAAGUCGUCAUGUCCUCCCCCCAGCCGCCGUCGCGAAUCGAGCGAAGUCGCACGCGACUCUCCUACACGCGAGCCAACGCCUCGCCCGAAGCCGUUCCGCCACCUCCAGAACGCAGCUGCGUGUCUCCGCGACUCUCGAUGUCGCCCGUCAUGCGACACAUCGCCCAGACCAACAACUCGCCGGCCGAGACCAUCACGUCGGCUACCUUGCCGAGGUAUCACCUUCAUUCCAUGCGGAAGGCCGAUAACUGGUCGUAGAAGCAAUUGAAAAAAUAAACGGAAAAAUCAAGAAUUUGAGCUCUAUUCUUAGCAUGUAGAGCGUUUGACUAGGGUUUGAGCAUUUUCUUCGAAGUAGGAUGUAGAAAAAAGAAGAAGCUACGUGGACCAACGGUAACUGGACGCGCUCCGGACUUUUCUGGGCAUCUCUAGUGAUCACUUUAGGGGCGUUAGCGUACUUGAGUGCUUCCUAGAAACACUCCACUGUAGCCCGAAAGUGAAAAUGAAAGAGAAGUGAGACGGAAAAUUAGGAUCAUUAAAGUUUGAAUUAUUAGUAAUAGAGUCUAAUGAAGUUGGCUAUGUAUUCUUGUCGUUGAAAAAUGAAUCAUCAUUAUAUAAUCAUAUGUUUAAUUUCGAAUUAGAGUUGUGCAGACCUUGAUCUCUCGCAUAAUCUCAUAGGAAACCAAAAAAAGGUUUUCUCAGAUUUUGGAGACCUUUAAAUGGAUUCUUGCAUUGAGUUUUCAGUCUUUUUUUUGUGAUUAAGUAAAUUUUAAGACUGAAUAUUUUGUUUAACUUUGAGAAGUUUUUGCCUUUUUGAUUAUUUUUUUUGAUCCGAAAACUUUAAUUUGCCACGAAAAAGAGAACAAAAAUCGCCUUUUCAGAACUUUCUCUUCUUCUAGAUACAACAACGUCCCCUCGCCUUUGAUCAUCAAACGGAGUCCGAACAAGUCUGAAGGUUUUUCCGGCUCUAAAAAACAAUUUUUAAUAGUUAUUUCUUAGCAAUACCGACAUCGCCUGGAACACCUUCGUCGUCCCUGUUUUCUCCAACUUUGCCUGAAACCUUCGGAUCUCCGCAGACCCCUCUGAAUCUUCACCCACAAAGGCCACCUCUAGUGAAUCAGUCGUCCUUGGAUACCUGUUUAGAUUCGACUGUUAGUUGUAGAAAUCAGAAAAUAUGAUUGAUAGGACCUUUUAGUCGUCUUUCUUCGAUGACAGCAAGUUCAAGGCUCCCACGGCGUUUUUCAAAGCUCCGCCCGUACCGAAACACUCGAGGCCACUCACGGAGUCGACGUCGGCUAUUGGAGGGUCCAGGAAGGUAGGAGCUGUUAGCAUACGAAGGGUGGAUCUCACCCCGGGGUGCGGCCUACCCCCCUCAAACUGCGGCCUACUUUUUCGAUAGGAGAAAGAAAGAAAAAGUUGGAAAGGAACUUUUAUGAGACGUUGAGAAAAAUUUUGCAUCAGUUCAGUUUCUCAAAAUAGCGCUUACAAAAUUAGUUCUACCGAUUCAAGUUUAAAAAAAUCACUGUUCCCUUAAGUGACUUCAUAUUUUUCCCAUGGUAACAAUUAAAUUUGAGUGCAAAGGGCUUUUUUGUGGUUGAAAAGAACUGGAGGGAAAAAUAUUGUAUUUUUAAAAUUUAAUUUUUGAUUUUGAAGGCAAGUCGGUUAGGCGUAGCCAUCCUUAAAAAAAUUAAUAACUUUCAAAGUUUCAAUUUUUUUAUUUUGAUUCAUAAAGAUAUCCCAAAAAUAGGUGGUCCCUGGGCGAAUCUGCCUGCUUAGUCAGUGAAAAAAAACGGACACUACUGAUAUAAGUGCUGAAAAACGUCCAAAAGUCAGAAACAGUCCUUCUUUGAGGGCUAAAGUAAUUUCAAAAGCUAGAACCAAUUCUUUUUCAAGUGCUAAAAACGUCCAAACCCCAGAACCAGUACUUAUUCAAGUACUGAAAAACUUCAGCAAGACUCGCCGUUGUUCCGACAGCCGUACUCGGUGUCGUCGCUUCCCCACAAGACCAGUCAUCGCUCGGUGAAUUUACCGCCGACGCGACAUCGCUGCGACGACGACGACUUCAGCGAACACUACACCAACAUGCUGCUCUCGUCGACCUCGAGCAACGACGUGGUUUGCCCCGAACGUCUUGCAGACCUUUUGGUCAACUACAACGUUCAGAUCCUCACGCCACGCCGCGACAACCUCGACAUGCGUCCGUCGGUCGCCAUGAUCCGUCAGAGUGGGCUCGUCCGUUCGCGCGUCAAUCAUUUCCAGGUAAUUGGGACAUGAAUCGCCCGUUUCUGAUGGCUCAUUUGUGGUUCAAGGAGAUCGCCCAGCUGUCGACCACCGCCAACGAGACGUUCUUCGGUGGACGGGUGUGUUUUCCUGAGGGACUUGGCUUUGUGAAAAGCAAAUAAAUAUGAGAAAAUGCAGUUGGAAGUUCUUUGAGUUAAUAAUUUUCAGUAGAAAUUAAAAAAGUUUCAAUUUUACUUUUUGGAUGAAAUUUGACCGCAUUUUACUUAUUUUGAUUUCUUUUUUCGCCGAUACUUGAGCCCAAAAUCGUGGAUUUCGUCGUAAAUGUCGCUUUGAAACAAUUGGAAACGUGACAAUUUAAUAAUUGUAUAGUCAGAGGCAUAGAUUUUAAGUUUUUAGUGCAGUUUUCGAGGUAAAAAUUUAAGAAAAAAUGAAGUUUUCAAAAAAAAAACCUUUGAUCCACCACAAUUCGCGCACCUUUUUUCAAUUACUGAUCAUUUUUUCUAUCCAAUUUUGAAUUCUUAAGACGCCUUCCUUUGCUUCCAACCGAGCACAUCGGGACGGACUCAUGGGCUCCUGCGAUCUGCAGAGGAGUUCCUUGAACAGCGUCGAUUCGACUUCUGGCAUUUCCGAUUCCCACAAUCCCCCCGAUCAUCGUUUUUGA